AUGUGUACAUUAGUGUUUAUAAAGUAUUUGUUGUACUCGUGCGUUGUGUUGUAUGUCAUUGUAAUAACCCCCAGUGUCAAAGGCGAUGGCUGCAACGAAUUCGUAUGUGGCUCAGUAGUCUCCAAGUGUCUUUUGACACAAAGUUGUACGUGUAAACUUUCUGAUUGCUAUUGUUGCAAGGAUUGUCUUAAUUGUUUGGGGGAACUGUAUAUAGAAUGCUGCAGCUGUUUGGAUAUGUGUCCCCAACACAAUGACACUUUAAGUGCUCUGGCGCCAAAAUCUCAAAUUGGCGACUUUGAGGGAGUGCCAGAACUCUUCGACACCCUCACAGCCGAAGAGGAUGAAGAUCAAUGGUCCACGAUACGUUUUCCCAUGCGCAACAGUUUACAGCGCCACUACAACAUGGUCACAGGAUCAUUUGGUUUUGGUGAUGAGCUUGAUGCGGAUGCUUUUGCUCACAAACAACAACAACCGGCCACGGUUAAUUGUACGGUCAUCUAUUUGAAUAGCUGUACAACCAACAAAAAGUGUUUACAAUAUUGUGAGAGUAUGGGUUCAAAUAGUUAUCGUUGGUUUCAUGAUGGCUGCUGUGAAUGUGUUGGUGCCAACUGUUACAAUUAUGGCAUCAAUGAAAGUCGUUGCACUGCUUGCCCUGACGAUGAUGAGGAGGAGGACGAUGAAGAUAUGAAUGGUGAAAAUAUGGAUGAUGCUGAUUAUGCUGGAGAGAAUGAGGAUGAUAUGUCUUGGGAUUAUGGCGAAGAUGAAAUGAAUUAUAAUUAA